GCCGCUAUCCCGGAGUGCUUUGUGCUUUUCAGCGGGCGGCCCGCCCGUUGUGUCGUUGUAGUGAUACGCGGGCCCCGCCUGUGACCGCCAGCGGCAGCGCCCCCACCCGGGAGGGGAGCCGGGCCGCCAGCAGGAACGUGCGCGCCGGAGCCGCUGGCUUGGGAGAGACGCAGGAGCAGCUGGGAGGAGAAAGAAUGACUGAAGAUUAAAAGGACAAUGGACUGCGUGUAUCCUGAUGGUAUCUUGUGUACAGUGACAUGUUACUUGCUAUGGCAUCUGAGACUGAAAAGGCUCAUGCUCUUCUCCAAACUUUCAGCAUAGCUUCAGUUAUUUCCAGUUUAGGAUUGGGAAUAUUCUGCUUCAUAGCAGACAGACUUCUGCAGUUCUCUUUCAUUCAGCAACACGACUGGCUCCGAGCUCUCUCUGAUAAUGCAGUGCAUGGUGUGGUGGGAAUAUGGUCCUGGGUGAUAGUGAUUGGGCUCAGGAAGAAGAGUGACUUUAGUGAAGUCAUUUUAGCUGGUUUCCUCUCUUCUGUCAUUGAUGUCGACCAUUUUUUUCUAGCUCACUCCCUUUCAUUACAGCAUUUGAAAAUAUUCUUUGUCCAUAAACAAGGAAUACCGAGCCAAAAAGACAGCCAAAAUGAGCUGGCUGCUCUGACUCUUCCACAAAGACCACUUCUUCAUUGUUCUACUGUGAUUCCUGUUGUGGCUGUGACAUUAAAGUUUAUUAUGCACCUUUUCAGGCUUAAGGACUCAUGGUGCUUUCUUCCCUGGAUGUUGUGCAUAUCCUGGACUUCUCACCAUGUCCGUGAUGGAAUUCGUCAUGGCCUCUGGAUCUGUCCAUUUGGAAAAACUGCUCCCUUGCCAUACUGGUUUUAUGUGGCAAUCACAGCAUCUUUACCUCAUCUAUGUUCAUUUGUUAUGUAUUUAACAGGGACCGGAGAACUAAUGUCUAUAAAACAUGGAAUUCGCAUUGAUGUCUAAGGAUGAUAGUCCUUGGAAGUCACUUGUUUUGAAGAUUACAGUGAAGUUGAUCCCUGUGCAUUCCUCAUGAUUUCUAAAUUAGGUAAUUUGAAGCCACCGAGCCAUUUAUAAUUCCGGAAUCAAUUAUUUGUGGCUACAAAAAUCUGUUGUCUGAAUGGUGUUGAUAUAAUUUCCAGGCAUCCUCUUCAUGACAUCUGUAGUCUUCAAUGUCAGUUCUGUAAUAGCUAAUUAAUAUAUAAAUUUCAGUCAUUCCUAAAUAUUUAAAUUUCCUCCUCCUACUAUUAUCUGUGCUAUAGUAGUGCCAUUCCUCUGGUCACCCUCCACUUUGGGAAAUACGUUCUCCCUUUGAGCACCCACUUUUUUUCUAUAGUUAACAUUUGCACAGCACUUUGAAGAUGCAAAGCACUAAAGUACUAAGUAUUAGAAUUCAGUGCUGUAUACCCCUUCUGAGAAAUAUCUAACAGCUGUUUUUUUGUAACUUGUUAGUUUACCCCAUUUGAGUCUAACUUCUUGUACUCAACUGGCUGGAAAAAUAAUGCUGUUUGUUUUUUCAGGAUGUGCUACUGAUUGUCUUGGGAACCCUUAAGUUUGAACAGUAGCAGAGGGGUAGCCAUGUUAGUCUGGAUCUCUAAAAGCAGUGCCACAGGAUUCUUUGCUAAGUUUGAACAGUGACUGCUAUUUAGUAAAAUGUAUUCCAAGCACUUCUCUUGCAUAGUUGCCUGAUACUCAAUUUCCAAAAAACUCUUAUCUGGGAUUUUUGGUUAGAAAAGAGAAAACAAUUAGUUUAGGAGUAUUGUGUCUGUGAAAUUACAGAAGGUUUGCAUUAUUUAAUACUAAUAAAUAUUAAUAAUUUUAUCUAAUAUUUAAACAAUUGUGUUAAAGGCUUAUUUGCUGCAGGAAAGUAUAAGCUUUAAAGAAUUUUCAGUUUAAAUCCUAAGAAAAUUGAAAUGACUCCAGAAAUAUAGCUAUUAUAUUAAGAGUUUACUACUGUAUCUAUUAUCUGUUACUGUGAAGCUUUUUUAGCUGCAGCAGCUUCUACUAAAUAUAAUAUUGUUCCUCUACUUAAAAACAAAAGUACCUCAUUAUACUGAAAUGUUAUUAUUUUAUGCUGGUAAAAUGCAACUUUGUGUAUGGCAAAUUCAUGAAAACGGCAGGAAUGUGCACCAUGAGCUUAUUCAAAGUAACCUUUUUCAUUCUGUAGAAAUCUCUCAGAAAAUCCCCAAAAUAGAACUGUGUGUUAGGUUUUAGUGGGUAGCAUUAUAAGUUGUGAAAUAUUUGCAUCAACCUCUUCUUUAAAAACUCUUAAAACAACAAAUUCCAAUUUAUUUAUAGGCGUAAGGAGCCAGAUUCUUGGCUGGUGUAAGUUAGUGACUUCAGUGGAGCUGUGCUAACUUACACCAUCUGAAGAUCUAGCCUGAGAUGUUGUUUUUAUGGAAGAGGAACUGUAGAGUUGGAUUUGUUUAAAAUAAUAGGAACAAACAGUAAAGAACAACUUCUGUAUUUUCUGCAUUUUAGAGCUCUCUAAAUUUACCUCUGCUAUUGCUGACUCAUGGGGGGCUGCAUAGACCUCCUGUGCUAUGCAGCUGUGCAUACUGCACCCCAUUCUGAAGAGUUACUUCCCACCAAUCUUCUCUCAGAAGCAGAAGACUAAGCACCACUUGAGUAUAAUAUGAUAAUUAGGCUUGUGAGAAGAAGGUUGAUGCAGUUAUUCUGCUUAGCGUGAAACCUAUAAGUCUUAAAGUGAGUAUCCUCCUUGGAAAGAAAAUUUGAGGGAGCAGUAUGGCAUGAAAAGAGGAAGCUUCUUUAGGAGUGCUUUGCACAGCAUGUGAAUCUUUCCCUUUUACAUGCAACAAAUGCUGCAAUGGGCGGAGGGUAUCAAAGGCAGGGGGAGGCUGAGCUUCCGCAAACAGCCUUGUGUGGCCCUGUCAUAAACAGAUAGUUAAGGGUUAAUGUCUCUUUUACCUGUAAAGGGUUAA